AUGGAGGAUUUUUGGGCCAAUCUUCAGGAUAGCUUUGAGGAAAGGGAGAAAUAUUAUCAUCGCCUCACUAUUCCACAAAUAAGAGAUUUUGGUAUUGAAACUAAUAUACCUAAACAAUUGCAUGAUGAUGGUAUUUUGUUAGAUCUAGUGUAUAAUGAGACAGAGAUAGAUAAGAGGCCACUACCUCCAAUCAAAUGGUCACAACAAGAGGUAGUAGACAUUGAUACAAUUUCUCAAGCGAUGCCUGCACCUACAAUGACUCCUACAACUGAAACAAUAACUAUUCAUAAUGUGGAGUCCGACUCAGACCAAGAGGAGGUUGAGCCAACGCCAAAGAAGGAUGAAGAGAAGGAAAUUGAGCAAAAACAAUUUGAGGAGAAUGAUGAAAGGUUGGUUCUUACUCCACAAGAUGUAGAAAAUUUGUUGAAAGAUACAUCAAGUGGAGAUAAGGAACAACAAAGUCAAGAGCCAACUAAGGGUUUCAAUGAGCAAGUGAGUGAGAAGUUAGAAGAAUAUCAACAACAGUUGGAUACUGAUGGUGCUCUACGGGCAAACUUGGCUCAACAAGUGCUUCAACAACAACAACAAAUUUCUAUACCAGUGCUUCCCGCUCAGGAAGAGGUCCAAGCUCAUUUGGAUACACAGGUUGAAGAAGAAGAGAAAAAUGAGGAAGAGUCGUUACAUGAAGCUGGAAGGAUGACUUCACAAAUAACAACUGAAGAAGAGAACACAGAUUAG